AUGGCUUUCUUGUUUAUGUGUUCUCUUGCAACCGUUUUUCCAGGACAUGUAUCUAAUGGUUGUAGGUUGUCUCAUUUCCCCAUUUCAUCACAGCCUUCUUCAUCCAGUUUCUUCCCGGAUUUUAAUGGUAAAAUCUUGAUCAUCAACAAUCGAACAAGACAAUUCAGUCUUAGAGCAACCUACCAGCCACCAGUUCAAGCCCCUUCAGUAACUUAUGCUAGGGAAAUGGAACGUGUCUCUGCUAAAGAAUCGCUUCUUCUUGCGAUCAAAGAUGCUGGAGGAUUCUCUUCUUUAGUAUCUGGAAACACAACAGAUUUGAUGAGAAUCGAUGUUAAUGAAAGGAUAAUUGAUCUUGAGAGGCUGAAUCCAACUUCACGUCCAACCACAUCAUCUCUAUUGGAAGGACGAUGGAAUUUCGAAUGGUUUGGAUCAAGUAGUACAGGAUCCUUUCAUGCUAGGCUUGUCCUUGAGUGA